AUCUAAAAUGUUUCCGUGAAUGCUGGACCAAAUAAAAAUAUCCAGCAUCUCAAAAUGUUGUAGUAAAUACUAUAAAUCAAAAUAUAUCGUAUUUUAACAAAUAAAUAUAAAUAAUUAUUAUUGAUAUAAAAUAAAAAAAUAAAAAUGGGAACCAGAUCAGCAGCCUAUACAUUGAAAUUAACAAGCCUACAUGAUUAUUACCAACGUCUAUUACACGGGACCCAACCGAUUCCUUCUGGGUUUGAUAUGGCCAACACUGUCAAAUAUUUUUCUCAGGCAUUGCUCACUUUGCUAAAAGAAGUGCGCGAGUCGCCGCUAGAGAUGAUAAAAUCACAGGAGUUGGAUCCCGAACGAAUGGCACUUUAUCCAAGUUUGGAUUAUAAACAAUUAUAUAAUGCGUUGACGCAGAUACUUGAUGUUGUUUCAUAUGUACACAUUGGAUUGGCUGCAUUUGGACAAGCAUUGUUGCAAUGUCUAGCUUGUUUGAUGCCUUUCCUCGAGCACGAUUUACUAGACAACUUGCCAUAUUUGACAGCAUCUUCAAUAUCAAUUCUUCCAGUUGAAUUACAUCAGGAAAUCGUAAAUCAUUUGUGUUUUUAUAUUUUGCCUUUUACUAUUCCAAGAAAAACAUUAGACGAAACGGAAAAUUACGCAAGUCAAUCAGUAUCUGCAGUAAUAAUGAUGGUAUUUCAAUACUCAAGCAAUCCAGCGCAUCAUUGUCAAUUACUUGAGUGUUUAAUGUCACUAAAAUCAUGCGUCGUUAAGGAUUUACUGUGCGUUGUUGCUUAUGGAACUGCUCCAGCACGUGCAUCAGCGGCUAAAUUGUUAUUUUAUUACUGGCCAACUUUUAACCAGAAUUUAUUUGAUCGUCGCGCUGUGCUGAUGAAAUUUGCCAACGACUUGGCGCCAUUCGUCUGCAAAAGAGACUCGUGUCCAAAUGCCGGCAAUGCAGAAGCUGGAAAAGUCUGUUAUGACCACAAAAUUUCAAUUAAAUUUGCUGCUGAUUUGCCGGCGCCACUUUAUCUCUGCAUUGAGUGCGCUAAUGAAAUCCAUCGCGAGCAUCCGAAUCAAAUGUUUUAUGAUAUUUUACAUCCCAUGCAACAAGUUUCGAUGGUCUGCGAAAAUAAGAAUUGCCGAGCAACAGAUAAAUCAGCUAUAAGCGUAUGUUUUUCCAUUGAGUGUGCGAGUUACAACGGCAAUCACCCGAUCCGUUAUUGCCAACAGUGUCACAAUAUUCGGCAUAAUAACCGCCGGGGCGGUGAUCAUAUUUAUCACAUGGCACUGCCGCAUAUUUCGCAAAUGGAUCCGCAGACCCAAACCUACUUGGUCCAGUCAAUAGUCAGCUUGCUCAAGGAGGCAGAACCGCUAAGUAUGGAUAGUAAUCGUGACAACACGGAAAUAAAUACUAAUAAAGGAGGAAUAGGAUUCUCAGGAGGAGUUUCAAUGGGCGGAGGCGGUGGCGGUGGAGUCGGUUUCGGUGGUGGCGGUGGUGGUGGCUUUGGAGGUUCCGGACGUCCCGGUUUAUUUGAUCCCUCGACUUUAGAGGAACGUCAACUACUAGGCCGAUACGGGGUUUGGCUCCUAGUUGGACUUUGCACUCCAAAAGAAGAUACUCCUAUCGAAAUACUCGGGCGUUUAUUGUCAAUGCUAUUUCAUUGGUUUCAUGUCACUGCGUACUCAUUCGAUGGUACUAAAAAAAGUCUUAUGCACCUUAUCUUUUCUGUUGGGCAAGCAGAAAGUACUUUAGAGAAAUUAAAAACUGAAUACGUUUGCGGCUGGUUAUCCGAUAUCAUGAAAACACACUACACUGUUUUUAUAUCGUGUUUACUACCUCAUCCGGCUGAUUAUGUACGUGUUGGUGGCCAUUGGGAAACACUGGCAUCAAGAACAUCUCACCUGAAAGAUGGCCUGAACCGUUUGUUCUGCCUGGUUCCCUACGAAGUUAUCACCCCCGAGGUCUGGGACUACGUGAUGCCCCACUGGAUGGAAGCGAUGGUGAACGAUGUCCCUGAGAACGAGCUGCACGAGUUGAAGAUAAUUCUCUGCAAAAUCUUAGAUCCCGAAAUGAGUCCCCUGGGAUUCAAUGCCAAGAAGAUGUACAACUUUGUCGCCAAGCGGUUCUGUAAUACCACCGCGAAAGUCCAAGAACAAGCCCUCAAUUGGCUGCAGACAUUGACCAUGUUGGAGAUAACGAUUCCCUUGACCCAACUCUUUGCGAUGUUCAGUGACGGCGUCGCAGUGAUGGCCAAAACAAACAGUGCAGAAUUCGACGAAAAAGCUUACAAAUUUUCAAGAAACGCUGAAGAUACCGAAACAAAUAAUAUUUGUCCCGUAGUCGAAAAUGACUCAGGACAGUCAUCUCCUUUGUCCGAUGACAUGAUUCCUACUCCAAGACACAUGGAGUUUACGACAAAUGCUGAAUUAAACCUGUCUUGCUGCAUUCUGAUGCUGGACAUAAUUUUAAAACAAAUGCAGCUGCAGGAUAUUGAUAAACACACGGGAUUAAACACUUGGGUGUGUAGAGACGCUUGCCAACUGAUGAAAUGUAUCGUCGCUGCUAAUUGGAAUGACUGUCAUAUUUGUAAAACUGAUCAGGAAUGUACUUAUUGUGAAUCUAGGAUCAUUUGGCACCAACUGUGUCUUCAGUUAGUUAUCUAUUUGUGUCCGCAAAAUCCGGCAAAUCCACCAGAUAUAUAUAUUGACGAAUCUGCAGAUGACCAUGGACGUAAAAGUCCACCUGAGUCAUCGAAAAAAUCAGAUUCAAAGCCAGAUGUCGUGAUAAAUAUGCCAGUACCAGAAUUACAUUCCGUUGGUGGUGUUUUAGUACACAUGCCUCAUUUCUUCGAACAGAUUAUGACAGCAACUGUAGAGACUGUUUCGGAGCAACUGGAUCUUGCGGCUAUUCUUCCCGCUGAAAAAGUUAUGUCUGCCGUCGCGCGAGCCGUCACUCUAUCCGAAAGCGAUGUUGCGACCGCAACAGUUAAUAUCGACAAGCCGAAUAUAAUUGGUGAGAACAACGAACCGUUGAUUAAUAGCCCCGAGAAUGACGCUGACGACUUUUGGCACACAACCGUCGGUAAAUUUCGUUUUAACCUCGAGGACCUGCCCGAGCAGCUGCAGUACAUCCACAAAUUAUUGAAAGAAAUAAUGACUGUUGAUAAGCCAGAUAUUUUAUAUUACAUGUUGCAAUGUUUGAAUAUUUUAUGUUUACAUGGUGAUGCAUUCACUUUGGCUGUUAAAGAUCAUCAGGGAUUUUUUAUUUGGUGUCAAGAAAAUUUAUUAAUUAAAAAUUUAUGGGAAUUAUUGAAUGCAGAACACUCGCAUAUUGCCCAAGUUACGGUACCGCUAUUGUUGCAUUGCAUUACUUUGCCCUGUGGUACUGAUACAUUUUGGCGGUUAGUUCAAGAAGAGUUUCAUAACUCGGACUGGCGGGUGAGAUUCGUUGCGGUUGAACGCGUAACGCUGAUCGCGAGAUUCAUGGACUCGACGCCACUAAAAUGUAUCCUGUCGCUGCAAGCCGCGUUGGCUAAUGCCUUCUGUUACUUAAUUAGCAGCAUGGACGAUGGUAAUGUUUAUGUGGCGCAACGGGCGACUUUGAAUCUUGGAACUGUCCAUGACGCCGCUGUCCGUUCAUUAAUAAUGUGUCUAGAAACACAAUUCGACUCAGUCAUUGUCGAUCGUCCAAUGGUACUGCAAUCUCUUUACCAAGUACACAAUAGUUUGAGCGACCGGCGUAUUUUGACGUGGGAAUUUUUUUUGAACCGAUUCGAUGCCUUAUUUUUGGAAGCCCAAAUAAGUUUGGAAAAAGUCGGCGACUUGACUUGUUUUCGAGAUUUGAGAAACACAGACAUGACUAGCGACGCAUUCAUGAAAAAAUUAAACCGCGCGCAAGAAGCGCUUUCGCAGUCUGAUGGCAGCGGCACGUCUUCGGUUAAAACAUUGAGCGCCAGUUUUGGGACUAAGUGGCCUUAUAAACGUACGAUGUCUGCUCCAGCAUCAAUGAUACCCCGUCAAGAUACUAAACAAGAAAAAGAAAAAAUUUAUAGCCGUCAGUACUCAGCGCCGAUAUUGAAACGGAAAAGUUCCAGAUUUGGAUUGGGUCAGUUGUUAGGAUCAUCUCAAACUAAUAACAGUUUACCAGAUGGCCACGUGCAUUCGCUAAAUAUGAUUGAUGAUGCAAGCGCGUUACCCGGAUUGACCUGCAAAAUUGUUGAAUUAGAAGAAGCGGAUAAGGAAACGAUGCAUUUAUUGGUAUUUUUGUUCAUGCAAUUUCUGUCACGACAAGAUCAGGCAUAUCCAACGGAUGAAAGAACACUAUCAAAAACUCAAGGAAUAGUUUUACGUCACCUGUAUCUACUCCUGGGUUACAACCAAACCGAGCGAACAUUUCACCUCCAACCCCAACGGCUAAGAAUCUCCUCAGUAUUCAAUGUCUUCAUAUCAAACCUUUCCCAAUUACUGGACCAAAACCACGUAAUGGGCUGGGUAAUGAUACCGCCAGUACUCUCAAUACUACUCUACUGCCCAUGUCCACCCCAAAGGCUCCCGCUGACUGAUCACCAGCCGCCUACUUACAGUCUCUGGUUCUUGGAGCCCAACAUCAGACGUUCCUGGCUCAUGUCUGUCCUCGUAAUACUUUACAAGUAUGAGUAUGGACAACAACCAUGGUGUACACAACUACAGUCAUUGAUAAAAGUAAUCCUAAAUACUCUGGAUUCACAGCAUCAUCAAUGCAAACGGAUUCCUGCGACUGUCGUGAUGGCAGGGCCACCAUCUAGAUCACGGGACGUUUCUCAGCCCUCCCUGGGUGCAGACCACGAAUUAAUGACCAGCGUAGUCGGUGAAGGAGACGACGAAAGUCCGCCAAUGCGUACGCAAAUGGUGUUAGUUCAUCAACGCAGUGGAGUAUCGUCGCAUGCAAUGGAAACUCAUUGGGAAGAAUCAGCGCCUGAUCAUUAUACCAAACACCCGAGCUAUUCGAUCGCGGAGGACGUCGAGUCUGAAUUAGCUGCAAUACCUGAAAGCCCAAAUUCCGAUACUACUUUGCACGAUAGCAGUGCUGGAUCCCUUGGAGAACUGGAGGACAGUUCAGCUCUUGCGGGACGCAGUGCUUCGAUGAUGAUGAUGAUGACACGUACUUCUAUUCCCGGAGGGUUUCUGUCACGUUCCAUAGUGCCACAUGAUAUCCCUGAACAUCCAAAAGCUGAACCAAGUCGUCCAACAUGGUUUCUUGGUAGUGAAGAUGAGUCUCAUCAGGUUAGUACUAGCAGCCAAAAAAAAUGGGGCGUACAAGAAGGCGUUAAAAUGAUGGUAGCUAAUAGUUUAUUAUCACGACAACAUGAUGCGAUGUCUAAGAUUUCAGUAACUAAAGCUUCCAGUUCAACGGAGAAGAGUUUCACAGAAUUUGAAAAUAAAACUACCAAUGCAAUGGUUCCAACAACAGCUUUGGCUAUUACAACGUUGCCUAAUUUCUCACGGCCCGAGCAAUCUCCAAAAGAUAAAAGUCCGGCUCUAAGCAUCCGAACUGAACCAUCAGAAUCACCGGUAGCCAAACAUCUAGGUCGUCAAAAGAAUGUUGAUUACACACCACCACUUUCCCUGACAUCACCACUUUCUCCGAACCAACUCGCACCAAGUGACGACUCAAGUUCCCCGGCAGUUAGUUCUAUAUCAUCUUCCCAAAUAACCAGUACUGACAAUGGCCAUCAACCGUGGUCAGGUCCAGCGCUGGUGACGCCAACCGUAGAACGACUUCUGCCGAUAGGCAACAGCGGGAUGCGUUCAGCGAUAGCACGGUCAGCACAUCGUUUGAUUCGUGAUGACACAUUUGGAUCCCCAGAGUCUCCAUUGUCUAAAAUGGAUGUGCUAACAGUCAGCUCGUCAUUUGAUCAAGACAGUGAGACUGGAGCGUCCAGUGAUGUGACCAGUCCUCGCAGUAUGUCGCAAUUAGAAUUCCCUAUGCCCGAAAGGCUGCUACCGAUUGGUGGUAUCCAGGGACAGUGUAUUUCAGGUUUGGUUGAACGUGUUCGUCAAGCUCUGGGCGUUCCUGAAGACGAUCAAUUACCACUGAGUCUUGCAACAGAUCCAGGACGUGCAUCACCCCAGAAACAAGACAGUAUUACAUCUGAAUGUCUGUCCAGCGCAGCUUUAAUUCCAAUCAACGACAAUAUGCCGCCAAGCCGGUCAGCCAGUCCACGUCGCCUCAUCAAACAAGUCGCUCUAGAAUCACCACCUCCCGUGGAAACUGAUAAUUUCAACUUUAAUAUAUUCGAACACGAGCGUCGUCAUAAAUUCAAAGAUUACACACGCACUCGCGAUCGAAAUCGUCGCGGCUACAUCAGCUCCAAUCAUCAUCAUCAUUAUCAUGCUAUGGGUCAAAGACGAAUGGACUCUUGGACUCCAAAUCAAACCACGAGUAUGGAUCCUGCUGCCUUGCAGGCUUGUCACGCCGAUUUCAAUCUACGCCAGAGUUCAUUUAGAAUUGGGGACGAAUGCAUUUACGAUCGCUGUUCAGAGUGUGGAACAAUUAAAGAAGAAUAUUCCGAUGAAGAAUUGGGUCUUUGUAUUAUCACAUUAGGGACAUUUAUUCAUCGUGAACCAGCACUAGCUGCACCAAUGCUGCCAGAAAUCCUCACUAUCGUCACCAAAGUUGCAUUAAAUGCCAUGUAUUCAUGGCAAAAUGAAACAAAUAUGCACUUACCAGGUGGAGCUAUCAGUGUUGCUCAUCAAUUUUUGAGAUGUGUAUUGCACCAGUUAGCACCAAAUGGAAUAUUUGUCCAAAUGUUUCAAACACAUAUUAACGAAAAUACGAGGAAGCAGUUUUUCAAGAGCGUGACUCAGGCACUGGUAGAUUUCAAUGAAUUAAAUCCGAUAGCGCCGAUUCAACUAUUACUCGAAACAUUAAAUAAUAAAAAAUCAUUGCCAGUUGAUAAUUUGCCGACAAUAUUACAUAAUAUCGCGUGUUAUUUAGAUUGUUUACCCCUAGAAGCAGGCCUAGGACCAGGCGCAACAACCUGGGGUGGAUUGUUGGCACAAUUCGAGUCAUUUUUCCGUCGAUUGAUAUUAUUGCUUUCGUCUAUUGAAGACACAACUUCUUUGUUACGUAUCAUGAUAUCUAUCCUCAAAGUGCCUGGCAUCCAACAAACGAAGAGUAUCUUGGAUCCAUUUUCAAAAGUCUUGAGCUAUUCGAUCCAGCAUUGUCACCUCAAGUAUUCAUAUCUAACAGACUUGUGUUACUUAUGCCACCGUGGAUAUCUCAGAGAGCGUGACAAACAUUUCCUAGGACGUACAAUCGUAUUUGAGUUAGUCCAGGCAAUGAAAUUUAAAACAAAUAUACCGGACAAUAAUUUUCUACUGUUGUUACAAUUCGUUUUACAAGACGUAGGUGGUACGCUACCGACCACAGUCAAUAUUGAGAAGAGUAUCAGUGGCGAGGUUUCAUCCCAAAUGUUUAAUACCAAUUCAACGGAAACAUUAAGAAAUCAAAUGACCGACAUCAUUGACUUUUUAGCUGACGUACAUUCGUUGAGUAAAAUCAAAAGUUACAAUAAGGGUUUGCAAGCUGGUUUGAAUGAAGAUACGCUAGGUGGUACAUUAAAGUGUGGCUUUGCACAAUAUUUAGCCUUAGAAAUUACCCGAGGCAAUAACAGGGAAAAUAAAGCUAUUGCACGUUAUCUUCCUUGGUUGUAUAGUGCGCCAUCCAUGGUACCACAAGGGGCACGUGAGUAUGUUGAAUGUAUAGGUCAUAUUAGAUUAUUAUCAUGGAUAUUACUGGGCGCACUGACCCAUACGGCAAUGAAUGCCGGUAAUCAUUCGCACACACACGGACCACCGGGACCUGUUGCGCAGCCAAUACCUCAAGAAGUAUCAUGUCACGUCGCUGAUCAUGUGCAAGUUAUUUUUUCGGGAUUCCCCGAACAAUCAAAAGCAUCGGUCCUACACAUGUCCUCACUGUUCCAUGCAUUCAUUUUGUGUCAACUAUGGACUAUUUAUUUAGAAGAAAUAUCCCGUUCCAAUGCAACAAAUAUCGAAAGUUAUAACGUAACUAUGAAUAUAUUACUUGAGUUUUGGGGUAAAGUCACGCCGAAUAUUUUACAAUUGGUAUCGACAUCUAAAGUCCUGGCAGAAAUGGUUAAUUUACACUUUUUAAGUCUACUAGAAGCACUUCUAGAAUGUCAAUCUGUACUAUUGAGUAAAUUAUUUCCACUAUGGAGCCAAAUAUUGUUUUCACAUCACGUGCAGUUGCCGGGUCAUUUACAAAUGCGCUUACAAAAUUGUCGAAAUUUUCCGCCGACGCGGAUGGCUGACAAUUAUAUAUCCAGCAGACGUGAAUCAAAUGCCGUAUUAUUACGUUGGUUGCGUCGGCUGCAAUUUAGAAUGGGACAAAUCGAAGUCCAGUCUUCGACAGUUACCACACAAUUUUAUUCAAUAUAAUUUAAAAUUUAUUGUUUAUUAAUCAGCUGUAAAUUUUCAUUGUCAAUAAAAAAAUCUAAUACUGUUUUAA